CCUCCCCUGUGUCCUCUGCGACCCUCACCUUCCCCCUCCCCCAUCUGCUGGUUUUGUUCUAUUUCGAGGCCUUGGCGUCUCGCGGAGGUUUCUGGGAGUCGUUUCAGGCGGAGGUGGGGACAGGGCGGACCUUGCGCUGGGGCUGUUGGGACUUGUAGUCCCGCGGGCCGUGGACGGAAGUGCCGUGGCUCGGACGCGGUUGUCGCAGGGUGGCCUUUGGUCGUCUGAAAUCCGCCGCCGGUUGCCUGUGAAGAAAACGGGGUAUUUCCCUAAGGCUUAUAUUCUGCCUUGAUUGUCUUUUCUUGAAGUAUUGUAAAUCAGGAUGUCUGCACAGUCAGUGGAAGAAGAUUCAAUACUUAUCAUUCCAAAUCCAGAUGAAGAGGAAAAAAUUCUGAGAGUGAAGUUGGAGGAGGAUCCUGAUGGCGAAGAGGGAUCAAGUAUCCCCUGGAACCAUAUCCCUGACCCAGAAGUUUUUCGACAGCGAUUCAGGCAGUUUGGAUACCAGGAUUCACCUGGGCCCCGUGAAGCUGUGAGCCAGCUCCGAGAACUUUGUCGUCUAUGGCUGAGGCCAGAGACACACACGAAAGAACAAAUCUUAGAGCUGGUAGUGCUAGAGCAGUUUGUUGCCAUCCUACCCAAGGAGCUACAGACUUGGGUUCGCGAUCAUCAUCCAGAGAAUGGAGAGGAGGCAGUGACGGUGCUGGAGGAUUUGGAGAGUGAACUUGAUGACCCUGGACAGCCGGUUUCUCUCCGUCGCCGAAAACGGGAAGUGCUAGUAGAGGAGAUAGUAUCUCAAGAAGAAGCUGAGGGAGUACCAAGUUCUGAGCUUGAUGCUGUGGAGAACCAGCUCAAGUGGGCAUCCUGGGAGCUCCAUUCCCUAAGGCACUGUGAUGAUGAUGCUAGGACUGAAAAUGGAGCACUAGCUCCAAAGCAGGAGACUCCUUCGGCAGUAGAAUCUCAUGAAGCUCCUGGCAUGCUCAAUAUAGGUGUUCCUCAAAUUUUUAAAUAUGGAGAAGGCUGUUUCCCCAAGGGCAGGUUUGAAAGAAAGAGAAAUCCCUCACGAAAGAAACAACAUAUAUGUGAUGAAUGUGGAAAACACUUCAGUCAGGGCUCAGCCCUUAUUCUUCAUCAAAGAAUUCAUAGUGGGGAGAAACCUUACGGAUGUGUUGAGUGUGGGAAAGCAUUCAGCCGAAGUUCCAUCCUUGUGCAACACCAGAGAGUCCAUACUGGAGAAAAACCUUACAAAUGUCUUGAAUGUGGGAAAGCCUUUAGCCAGAAUUCUGGGCUUAUUAAUCAUCAGAGAAUCCAUACUGGGGAGAAACCUUAUGAAUGUGUUCAGUGUGGGAAAUCCUAUAGUCAAAGCUCCAAUCUUUUUAGACAUCAGAGAAGACACAAUGCAGAAAAACUUCUGAAUGUUGUGAAAGUUUAAGAAAUUGAAAAAAAAAUCAGCACUCAGGUCUUUUCUUCAGAAAUGAAGACAAAAUUUAAAACAUGAAAUGAUACAGAUAGUUUUUUCCCUACUGACUGUCACAAAAUCUACUGGGAAAUGUAAAAAUUCUUCACUUACCAUUAUUAUUUUAUCUUGAAAGAAAUGGUGUUGUACCUGCCUAGAAACUGAAAUUUUAAACUUAAUUCAGGUGUUAAUGCCUAAAUUUUCUGUGUAAUGUUUAUAUUCUCUAUUACUUUUCCAAAUAAUGAGCUACCUGAUUC